AUGUCUCCGACAAUAGAAUUUGAGAGCGCAAACGGACGACGAGCUUUUGAUUACUAUCAUGCUCGGUUGAUCCCCAUCCUUGGAGGCAUCUAUACCUCCGAAUUCUGGGGCGAAACAGUUCUGCAACUCAGUCUGACGGAACCAGUUGUACAUCACUCACUUCUCUCCCUCAGCAGCUUUCUUGAAUGUGAACUUGCCAAGGAUGGAACUGAUCAUGCACGAAAACCUGUCUUUGCAUUUUCAGAGUAUGGAAAGGCUAUUAAUGCCAUGAGGAACUGGAGAUCAGACGAUGGAUCCAUGGCCGUUCCGUUGCUAGUCUGCGUACUCUUCACCUGCAUCGAGUUCCUGCUCGAUCGCAGUCAAGUAUCACAGCUUCACAUCUGCCAAGGACGGAAAUUACUAUCCCAACUUGAGGACGUCGAAUCAUCUGCAUUAGACCUGGUAAAGAGAGAUCUAGUACCCAUCUACGCUCGUCUCAGUUUGGCGAGCUUCCUCUUCGGAACGAGACCCGAGGCUAUUCCAGACACAUUGAGAAGCUCAACUGCAACUCCCGUUGAGUUUAAAACCUUGAGGGAUGCCAAAAACCGUCUAUAUCACCUUCUGGAUGACGCGUUGAGAUUCACAACCCAGGCCAAGCCUGCAGCGUAUGCAACACCGAAUUAUCUCGAAGUGGCCGCCUUGGAGGCAGUUCAGCAAUCAUUACUGAACCAACUUUCGGACUGGAAUAAUUCCUUUACUAUGCUUACAACAAAUCUUGCUCAAAGCACUUCCUUACGCAUUUCGCAGAAUCUGUUGCAAAUAUACUACCACGCGGCAGUCAUCUGGAUAUGCACCGCUUUGCAGCCUCUUCAGCUGGCCUACGAUAACCACAUCGCAGCAUUUGCGUCCAUAAUAUCACUCGCCUCGGCAGUAGUGAAUCAAACGAAUGCUUCAAAGAAGCUUCCGGAAUUCAGCUUUGAGACGGAACUAAUCGCACCGUUAUACUGGACGGCUACAAAGUGUCGUCAUCCGACUCUGCGCCGCGCCGCGCUUCGAUUACUGCUCAAAGACGAGUUGCGAAAUAGGAAGGAAAAUUUGUGGCAUGCUAGAGAGACUAUUAUAAUAGCGUCUAGGAUUAUAGAGAUGGAAGAGCAGGGCCUUGACACCACGGUAGCGGAAACAAAGGCUGCGUAUGAAUCCCCGGAGCAAGAGUUUACCCUUUCGACGCCAACAUUGUCUGAUUCGACUUCGUCGCAAUGGAGCGACAAUGAGUUGCAUGUGCCGCUAUCCAAGCCGCCGACACUUCCGCCGCCUGCUGUUACUCUAGAUACUGCGACGGUUGCGUUUGAUGGUGAUGUUGAAGGCGAAGGGGAAGCCUCAUUCAAUCGACCUGUGGUGCAAAAUGGCGCUGCGGUUCCAGAGCAUCCACGAUUGAAGUCGGCGGCGCACAUGGCUUCCAGUUUACCGGUGCACAUGAGUGUCUCACCUCCAUUCGAUAUACCAGAAACGAAGAGAGUAAAGAACACGUUGAUAGGACCGAGAGAACCUGGGGGAAUUUGGAUAACUGUGUUUCGAGAUUUGAAUACCGGCCAGCAAAAUUGGGACAUAACCAAGGAGUUUUUGGCAGUGUGA